AUGUCUACUUCUGUGCAGUGUCCCACCUCCUACGAUGUGACGGCCCCCGUGGGUCCGCUUACAACCGUCUUUACCCCACCCUACGGUUGUAGUGGAUUCGACUGUAUGCCUUCUGGGUACAGCGAUUCGUACAUGUCAAGUCAGAUUGGAUAUUAUUCCCCAGCAAUCUGUCCGUUUUCCUUUACGGUCGACUGCGAGAGGUACUCAAAUCUUUGCAAUGGUAUUCAAGGGCCGACUGAAGCACCAGGGGAAACCGUAGUGCGGUGUUGCCCAAGCUCGUACUAUUGCGGCAAUGAAGAUACAUUUUGCGUGAGCUCGAACACAGCGAUGACGUACGUUUCCUCUGUUUAUGGUAUCCAAAUUCGAUGGAAAUCCUCGGACUUAUCGAUUCUGGAGACCAAUCCGUUGACUCCCGGUCUCUCCAUACACCGAACAACUUCAGCUUCGACGAUGCUUAGCACCUCUAGCACGACCUCGCCGCUCACUGGAGCUAUCUCUUCGACGACGUCUCAACAUUCUGCGUUGGACCCAUCUACCUCAUUGCUCACAUCUGUGCUGCCUAUCGUGUCCGCUCCAGCUGCAUCAAACAGUCUAUCUACUGGCACAAAGGCCGGCAUUGGCGUCGGGUCAGCUGCAAUCGUCUUUCUUGCACUCGCAUGUAGCUUUAUUCUCUUCCGAAGACACAAACGGAGCAAAGGAAGUGACAGCAACCAUGACAACCACGGCCCUGCUCCAGAAACUGUACAGACCACGAAAGCGACGUCGAAUGCUCUCGACCAAAAGAUGAGCGAGCUGCGUGGCUCGUCAUCUACACCGGCAUCACCGUAUUCGCCCCAAACCCCUAUCAUUAGCAAGCUUAACCCUCAUUCACCCGUCCCGAGUCACGCUGUCCUCAGUGGAGAGCCCUCAUUUUCCAAGUCGGAUCCACGACCGCCAUCACUGGGCGCAAUAUCCGACGACGGCCAUUUGCAGCAGUUGAAGCAGGAACACGCGAGGGUACAGGAGCAGAAGAAUCGACUGAAGCAACUACAGCAGCUUGAUGAGCAGGAGGAGAAUCUGGGUAGGUUGAUCAACGAGAGAGAGGCGGGCGUGCUGACGCCGACACUUGAGCUGGAUGGUACGCAGAUUCUGCAGGAGUUGCCGGGACAUGAGACGAAGUAGCAGCGUGUAGAGUGGGUCUCAUUGUUCAAGGGCUAGGAUAGCAUUCGUUGCUAUUAACCAUAUGCGCGGGUUGGGUGCCACUGUUCGGGGUCCUAAGUUCUUCUCUCGGGAGAUGAUAACGUAGAUACGAGACAUUUCAGAAAGCCUUCCUCAGACCUUUUCUUCUUGCGAAGGCUUCCUGCGUUGAUCAUGUACGUUCUUACACCAAUACAAUUGGCUGGGGCUGUCUCCGACCCUCCCUCCACUCUUCCAGAAUCUCGCCGUCCAUUAUCCCGUCGACGUAGCUGGCAGUACGUUAGCCUAGAACAUUUUGGCCUGGUUGAGGAAUUCUUAUGCUUCGCCAAUGA